AUGUCCAACCCAGAGUACAAGAAGCCCAGUCUCUCCCAGGUCUCCCUUAUCUUCGCCUGCGGAACUGCUCUUUUCUCUGAUGGUUAUGCCAAUAACAUCAUCGGAAGCGUAAAUACUCUUCUGGUCCGCAUUUAUGGGGACAAAAUCAGCGCCGACUACAGCACGACGCUGUCCAGUCUGGCCUUCGCAGGUACCGUCGUCGGUAUGCUCACUUUCGGCUAUCUGUCAGACAAGUUGGGCCGCAAGUUCGGAAUGAUGCUCGCUACUGCCAUCGUUGCGUUCUUCUCACUGCUGUCAGCGGCAUCUUCGGGUGCGCACCACAGCGUUGGCGGCCUUGUGGCCAUGCUGAGUGCAUGUCGUUUCCUCCUUGGUAUCGGUAUCGGUGCGGAGUACCCCUGCGGUUCCGUCGCCGCCUCCGAGCAGUCGGAAGAGCCUGGCAUCAACAAAAAUGCGCAGCACCGGUGGUUUGCUCUUGCGACGAACUCCAUGAUUGACUUUGGGUUCGUGGUGUCCUCCUUCGUUCCCCUCGUCCUCUUUUGGAUUUUUGGCGAGCACCACCUCCGGGCUGUCUGGCGUCUCUCGGUGGGCUUGGGUUUUAUCCCUGCUCUCUUAGUGUUCCUCUGGCGUCUUCGCAUGGACGAGCCGACACGGUACAAGAAGGACUCCAUGGCUCGCGCCAAAGUUCCGUACUUGUUGAUCUUGCGCCGUUACUGGGUGCGACUUGUGGCCAUCUCGAUGACUUGGUUCAUCUAUGACUUCAUCGUGUACCCCUUCGGUCUGUACUCCUCUACUGUGACGAACACUAUCACUGGUGGAAGCUCGUCUUUGACCGUCGUCUUCGGAUGGUCUGUUGUCAUCAACUUGUUCUACAUGCCCGGAACCCUUAUCGGAGCCUUUGUUGUUGACUAUCUCGGCCCCAAGCACACGAUGAUUCUCGGUCUGCUUGGCCAAGCUGUCAUCGGUUUCAUCAUGAGCGGUCUCUACACCCAGUUGACCAAACACAUCGCUGCAUUUGCUGUCGUGUACGGUAUCUUCUUGAGCUUCGGUGAACUCGGUCCAGGUAACUGCCUUGGUAUGCUCGCUGCGAAGUCCGGACCUACCGCCGUCCGUGGUCAGUUCUACGGCAUCGCGGCUGCCGUUGGCAAGGUCGGCGCCUUUGGUGGUACCUGGGCUUGGAAGCGAAUCGUCAGCGACUUCGGAAAGAUGCACCCCAACGACCCGAACAUUGGCCAGACCGGCCCCUUCUGGGUGGGCAGCGCUCUUGCCAUCGUCAGCGCAAUCAUCACGUUCUUCUUCAUACGUCCCCUCUCGCACGACGGCAUGGCUGAGGAGGACCGCAAGUUCCGCGAGUACCUCGAGCAGCACGGCUACGACACCUCCCAGAUGGGGCUCGCCGAUGUUACGAACGACACGUCGUCGUCGUCUGAAUACGAUGAGAAGAAGGACGGGAUUCCUUCCGCAUAG